CAGUUAAGGUCAAGGUUGCUUUAUCGAAAAGACCUCGUGAAAGAUGAAUCUUUCUAUUCGUCAACCUUUACGAUUGCUAUUCGCUCGGAAUAGAUGUGCUAGUUUACUAAAGCAUUCAAAAAGGACCACCGUUAUAGUUGAGAGAAGGAAUAAAAAUCUCGAUCGCAAGUUUAAUGACAUAAAUGUUUGGCCAAAUUUAGAGACAAACUACACGAAUUUGCUUUACGAUAUCAUAGAAACGACCGAUGACAGUGAAGUUGAAACUCCAAUAGAUGUCGUUCUUCUAAGGCACGUUGAAGGUUUGGGAUAUGCCGGCGAUAUUCUACCAGUUGACAGAAACUUGUUUAGGAACACGCUUUCUCCUACUAAACAAGCUAUAUAUGCCUCUGAAGAAAACAUAGAAAAUACACAAAAACUUAGAGAGGAAAACGCAAAUAUACCUAGACAAACUCUCACUGGCCAAGAAACAAUUAGAUGGCUUAGAAGGAUGAACUUGCACGUCCCUAUGAAUCCGAAAGUAACUUGGACUCUUACAAAAGAAAAUGUGUUUGUAGCUUUUCGAUGUGCCGGUGCUCAAGUUCCUCAGGAUUGUAUAAGCCUACCAGAUGAACCUAUUGUAGAGCCCGGACAAUAUACAAUUAACGUAACAGUAAAUGGAAUUGAUACAAUCCCUAUAAAAAUGUUUGUGUAUCAUCAUUACUUUGAUGAGCGUGAAGGAAAAAAUCCUAUUCUCCCGCAAGUUUGGAAUGAAUUUAAAUUUGAAAUUGGACAAUUACCAGAAAAUGAAACAAGUUGAUUAUUCUAUACAAAACUAAUAAUGAUAUAUCAAUACUUAUAUAGGAAU